AUGGAAAGUCAAAAUAAAUUGUUGAUUAAAAUGUGGGACACCGCCAACACCGCAGAUACCACUUCAGCCAGCACCAACUCAACCGCGGCCAGCAACAUAAACACAAUUACCAAUUUUGCCGUCACUACCACAACUGCCAGCAUUGUUUCCGUCACCACCUCUACAGCCAGUAACUUUGCUAGCACCAUGGUUUCCACCCCGGUUACUACUGACCAUUCGCGUCAAGGCCGUGGAUUCAUACCCGGACAUGGACAUUUCCAUAAUCUUGGUGGUUUCCGAGGGUAUAGCUUUAGAGAGAUAGAGAGAAAAAUGGCUGGUUCCUCCAAUAAAAUGCUAUUGUCUCAGGUACUGCAACAUUGGAAGAGGGAUGUGAAGAAGUACUACAACCCCCCUCUUCCAGGCAAAAGGAGGCGAAGCAAACGGGGUGGCCAGAACAGCCUAGGACAAAGAGGACUUAGAGGAUGUGGAAGACUUGGAGGACGUGGUGGACGAGGAGGUACAGGAGGCUCAGGAGGACAAAGACAGACAAUUUAA